AUUCAACAUUCAACCUCUUUCGACAGUCUCGAGAAAAUAAGUGAAACCAUGUCGUUCAAAGUAAAAACCCUUAUUGUGCUGUUUGCUUUUGUCGGACUUAUUGUGGCCCAAAAUUACUACCAACAACCACAACACCACGAAGAAGAGCAUGGUCCUGUGCAUUACGAGUUUCACUACGAUAUUCAUGAUGAUCAUACCGGUGAUGUGCAUGGCCGCAAGGAGGAACGUAAGGAUGACCACACCCAAGGAGAGUACUAUCUGAUUGAUGCUGAUGGUUACAAGCGUACCGUAACAUAUCAGGUUGAUGGCAAGAGUGGAUUCAUCGCACAAGUACACCGGGAGCCAAUCAAGGGAUAUCAGGCACCACAACCUCACAAGGUUCUUGCUGUACCGGUGCAAAAGCACUUCUAUCACCAUUAACCUGUCAUCCGACUGAUUAGCUAGUUCAUUUUCAUUCGACAGACGACGUUCAUCUAGUGCAAUUGUUGUUAAUAUAAUUAGUGAAUUUUCACUUAAU